GAAUGUUUUCACGCGUAUGUGUUAGGAGGACGUGGUGCUCAGAUGUGGCAACCCCGGCGCGGCGAACCGUUGCUGGGAUGAGCGGCGGCGGCUAAUGGCUGACUGGGAGUUUUGGAUUAGCUAACGUUCGCUUCUGGGAUCUCUACCGGCCGUUUCCGCGGCUCUUCUUGGGGAUAAAUACGGUAAUUGUGUUAAGCUUGACCAGAUGUGGACGUUCCUGUCGGAGAACUGUUCCUGAAGCUGCGCUCGGAAGACGGAGGAAUCGAGGGGCGGGACGCAGCAGAGGGGCCGGCAGCUUUUUUCCUCAUCAUGUCCAAGAGCAAGAGCUCGGAGUCGGUCAAGGUGGUGGUCCGGUGUCGCCCCAUGAACGAGAAGGAACGAGCCGCCAAGUUUGAAAGGGUGGUCACGGUCGAUGUGAAACUGGGCCAGAUUAUGGUCCGGAACCCAAGGGAGGCGUCUGCCAGCGAACCCCCCAAAGUCUUCACUUUUGAUUCCGUCUACGACUCAAACUCCAAACAGAUCGAUCUGUACGAUGAAACCUUCAGGCCCCUGGUCGAGUCGGUUCUCCUCGGGUUCAACGGGACCAUUUUCGCUUAUGGCCAAACGGGCACAGGAAAGACGUACACCAUGGAGGGGGUGAGAAACGAUCCGGAGAGGAGAGGGGUGAUCCCCAACUCCUUCGAGCACAUCUUCACACACAUUUCCCGGUCCCAGAACCAGCAGUACCUGGUGCGAGCGUCGUACCUAGAGAUUUAUCAGGAGGAAAUCAGAGACCUGCUUUCCAAGGACCAGGCCCGUCGCCUGGAGCUCAGGGAGCGGCCCGACACCGGCGUCUACGUCAAAGACCUCUCGUCGUUUGUCACCAAGAGCGUGCGGGAGAUCGAGCACGUCAUGAACGUGGGCAACCAGAACCGCUCGGUGGGCGCCACCAACAUGAACGAGCACAGCUCGCGCUCGCACGCCAUCUUCGUCAUCACGGUGGAGUGCAGCGAGCUGGGUGUGGACGGGGAGAACCACAUACGCGUCGGUAAACUGAACCUGGUGGAUUUAGCCGGUAGCGAAAGACAGACGAAGACCGGCGCUCAGGGAGAGAGGCUUAAAGAGGCCACUAAGAUCAAUCUGUCACUUUCUGCUCUGGGAAAUGUUAUAUCGGCUCUGGUGGACGGCAGGAGCAGCCACAUCCCGUACCGUGAUUCGAAGCUCACACGUCUGCUGCAGGACUCCCUGGGCGGCAACGCCCGCACCGUCAUGGUCGCCAACAUAGGCCCCGCCUCCUACAACGUGGAGGAGACCUUGACAACCCUGCGCUACUCCAACAGGGCGAAGAACAUCAAGAACAAACCGCGCGUCAACGAGGACCCCAAGGACGCUCUGCUCCGGGAGUUUCAGGAGGAGAUCGCCAGGCUCAAGGAGCAGCUGCAGAAGCGCUCGGUGAAGAAGAAGAAAAAGAGGCAGAGGAGGAAGGCCGGGGAGGGCAGCGACGGAGAGGACGGAGAGGACGGAGAGACCGAAGACGACGAUGAAGACGGGGAGGACAGGGGGGAUUACUGGAGGGAGCAGCAGGAGAAGCUGGAGAGGGAAAGAAAGGCCAUCAUGGAGGAUCACAGCCUGGUGGCGGAUGAGAAAGCUCGGCUGCUUAGGGAGAAGGAGAGAAAGAUGGAAGACUUGAGGAAGGAGAAGGAGGCUGGAGAGAUGCUCGCAGCCAAAGUUAAGGCGAUGGAGAGUAAACUCUUAGUUGGAGGGAAGAACAUCGUGGAUCACACGAAUGAGCAGCAGAGGAUGCUGGAGCUGAAGAGGCAGGAGAUCGCUGAGCAGAAACGCAGAGAGAGAGAAAUGCAGCAGCAGGUGGAGAGUCGUGACGAAGAGACUCUGGAGCUGAAGGAGACGUACAGUUCUCUGCAGCAAGAGGUCGACAUCAAAACCAAGAAGCUGAAAAAGCUGUUUGCCAAGCUGCAGGCGGUGAAGUCAGAAAUCCAGGAUACGCAGGAGGCCCACAUCAAGGAUCGCCAGGACCUGGAGCAGACCCAGAACGAACUCACCAGGGACCUCAAACUCAAGCACCUGAUCAUCGAAAACUUCAUCCCAUUAGAGGAGAAGAACAAAAUAGUCAACAGGGCUUUCUUAGAUGAGGAGGACGAGCACUGGAAGAUGAAGCCCAUCACACGAAUAGAGGACGACCAUCACAUGAUGACCAGGCCUCUGUCUGCAGUCGGCUACAGGAGGCCUCUCAGCCACCACGCCCGCAUGGCCAUGAUGAUGAAGCCCGACAUGAGAUACAAAGCUGAGAACAUCCUGAUGGUGGACAUGGACCUGCCAGCCCGGACCACUAAAGUCUACCAGGAACCGGUUAUCGCCCCAAAGGUGGCGGCCGCUCUGGAGGACGCUCUCAGAGACGAGGACGAGAUUCAGGUAGACGCCUCAGGCUUUCACAGCAGCUUGGGACCAACGCCGCCCGCCAGCGCCAGCGGAAGCCUCAAGAAACCAAAGUCUGGUCGACCGAGAACGGGCAAGAAGUCGAGCACGCCCACUUCUCCGUUCAGCCCCUCCAGCCCAGGAUCCCCUCUUUACCCACAAUCCCGUGGGCUGGUGCCCAAGUGACAACCUCUCGCACCUUUUCCCCCCCGUCCGGGCUUAGAGAAGACGUCUCAGACCACAGAAUCUGUUAAGACUGAAGCUGCUUUCUAGGUUUUAACUGUAGCCGCUCCACUGUCGACCCCCCCACCACAUCCUCCCCCCCCAUCACAGAGACAGCAGCCACGCAUGAAGCCUCAUAUCACGCUGUUCUUAAUGUUCAUAAACCAAUCAGAGGCAGGAUUCAAACCUUCAUUCAUGCAGGUGUGAAGACACGUGUCCGUCUCUGUCUCUGCAUGAAUACAGACUCGUUCAGUUCACGUCAGACUGCACCGUCUUUGACGUUUGAUGUUUUCUGUCUUAAAGGAAUAAGUUGAACAUUUUGGGAAAUAUUUUACCUGCUUUACGCUGAGGGUUAGAUGAGGACGCGUCUGCACGCUGGUUAUAAAGCUGGAGGAAAUGAAAACAGGUCCAACGUGCAACUCCCCCACACGCCUCAACCACUACUUGUAUUUAUUCAUGUACAGACUGAGCUAGGACGGACGGACGGACGCAGGCUUGUUUCCAGUCUUUACACCAAUCUACCUCCUGCCGGCCCCGGUUUUCUGAUGAGCGUGCACAUUUCAGAGAGACAAAACCAUGACGUUUCCUCAAAGCUGCUCUUUUACCGCGCGGCCGUAAACGCUGAGACCCUGUUACCGUCAGACAGACUGUUCUUCUUCCAGAGGCACGUGAGGCGGGAGGCGGGAGGCGGGAGGCGGGGGGGGCGGGGUCGAUGCCGGAGACCAAACACCGCGGACGCUUCCCGGGCCUUCAGCAGGAGACGUGCCUCAGAUUCAUCAGGGUUCCACGGUGCCUUAGCCUGCGUCCACCAUCCCUGCUUCCUCGUUCCACAUGCGUGUGCACACACACCUGUCAGGAUGGGGUGCACCCCCCCCUCCCAUCCAACCCCCCUCCCACCCCAAAACUCUGAGUCUUUCAGGCCACAGCGAAGGAAGGCAGACAUUUUUUUUUUCUUUGUUCGGGACUUGAAUGGAUCUGAAUACACAAACCAUUCCACGUGAAGCCUCCGGGUGGUAUAAUAUGCAGUUUUACUCCCCCCCCCCCUGUCGCCGUUCAGCCUGCCCCCCCCCCCCGACUGUGAGAUGCGUACUGUUCGCUCGCUGCUACUGUAGAGGCUUCCCCAGCCCACUGUGACAUUUUAAUGAGCCUGGGUCAAGCGGCUGAAGACGAUCUUAAAUCCGUGCGUCGUCGUGUCCGUGUGAGAGUGGUCGAGCCGUUUGACCCGCGCCUGCAUACUUGUACGUGUACUUGUACUUGUGGUGUGUAUUUAGAUCUGUUAACGAUAAAUGUGGACUUUUGUAUCGGCAGUCCUCCGUCACUUUCAACACACACAUGGGUUUCCAUACUGAAAAAAAGAAAAUCUAACUUAUUACACUCUUUCAUUUUUUAUAUACAGAUGUAGAUAUAAUUUUUUUUUAUUCUGUUGUUCUUUAAAAUAGUUUUAUUUUUCAAGCGCUGUAAUUUAAUGGUGAGAUGUUUUAUUUUGUUUGUCGCGUCUCCUCUUUCUCUCGCGGGUCCCGUUCGACUCACGGACCCGGGAGGAGACGGGAGGAUGGAUUCGUGCGACAGUAUUUUCCGCGCUUCGCCGUACAUUUCACUUUGUUAAAAGUUGGUCUUCAGAGCGAGACCCCGACGGCCGCGGCUCGCGCUGUGUCGUGAACCUGCCGCAUGACUUUAGCACGCUUUCGUUUGAUUGUGACAGUAUUCACCAGGCGUAGGACUCUGGGGAAGCAAAAUGUGAAUGUCUUAAUUUAAAGUGAAUACUCUUACGUCCGUGUCUCCUAGCUACAUCACUGGAUCUUUGUGACCAACCUUUAUGAGCUGGUGUUAUUUAAUAGCCAAAUGAUGAUUCUCGCUGGUGCACUUCUGGCUUUUACUUGCUUUUCAUUAUUAAAGACAAAUCAACAGUA